ACUGAUUGGUCUUAGUGUAUGGCACAGUUAAAUCAGUCAUGAUCAUUGAUUUGAUACAUAGCUGGUUGGUUCUCUUAAAGUGUUUGUAUAUGGCAUAAAAAUAUAAAUCAAUCUAUAGGCGCGUUAUUAGUGUAUUGUGCUAUUUAGCUAUCUUGUCGUUGUUGGUGUAAUGCGUCCAAAACACUUUUUUGCCAUAGAAGUGAUUCAGCACAUUUUUGAGUCCGUGUAGAUAAUUUGUGCACGUACUUCAAUGGGUGACCAAAGGGAAAAAUUUUUUAAGCACCCCAGAAGAAAAACAGCCUACGUUGCUUCACGUUAUUUGGAAAAAUCAAAUACUGUCCAUCGAUCUGUUUCGUCUGUAAGAGAAAAGUCGACCAAUGAACGACAAAACAGUUCUAUUGUGAAGCGGCAAUCGUCUCCAAAAUUUGGAGUCAAUGCAUCGAAUGCUCAAUUAGUCAUUGAUGAUUCAGUUGCUUCUGCAAUUCACUCACAUGACAUGGAACUUGGUAGCGUCAUUGAACAUUCUUCUGGUUCAUUAACCUUGGAUAAUCCUGUAAAAAAGCUUAAUGAAUUAGAUGUUGAUUCAUUGUCUGAUAUAUCAUUAGCUGCAUAUACUGUUUGGAUAUUGUUUCAACGUUAUACAUCAUCUUACAUUGUGAAUAAAGUAGAAUGUGAUUAUGCUAAAAUUGUUGGUCUGUUAAAUCGCAUAAGAUCUACACGCGAAGAAAUUAUUCGCUUACGUAAAACAAAACAUGAUUGGGAAAACUGGUUUCAAUCAGUCAAAGAUUUACAUAAUGAGCACAAGAUACUUACAGAUUUAAUUCAAAUGUUGGGUAUAUCUGAAUGUAAUUCAAAAGAGAAUGAUAAUUCUUUAGAAAGUCAAAAUUUUAAUCAGACAGAAUUAAUUCCUCAACUCGAACAAACUAUAUUACAAAAAUUUUCACCUGUAUUAAAUCGUUUAACUGUGAAAGAAAUAAACUUGGAUAAAUAUGAAAGUGUUUGUCACGAUAUACAACAACUUAGUGAUAUAGCAUCUUUGUUUUCUAACAUCAGUGAAAAUGACAUUGACUCAUUCGAACAAUUGGCAGAUGAAGUGAAUAAUUUUUCUGAUCAUUUACAAAAUAGAAUUUAUCCUCAAAAUAUUGCACAAUAUGAACAGUUAAUGCAAUGUUUACAAACUUUUAUUUUAUAUACUUCACUGAAAUGUGAACAAAUUGAACGUAAAUGGCUUAAACAAAUACUUUUAUCAGAUUAAUUUUUUUUUAAAAAGAUAUUUUUCCGAAGAAAAAACUGUGUUACCAAUCAUUUUGUUUGAAAUAACUUGUUGACUUUUCUACUCUGUCAGAUUGAUUGUUCUUAUUAGGUUACUGUAUUACAAUUUUUGUCGCUUAAUUAUCACUGUAUAGAAGUCAAUGUCAUGUUUGUCUAGUCCUUAAUAGCUCACAGAAAUCUAUCGUUUAAGUUACAGUAUGGCUGUUGGUAACAUGUGAGACAGUAAAACUCGAUGGCCAGGGUUCAAAUCUGUUAGGGAGCACCAAUCCCCACAUGAUUAUGUAUAUUUUUUUCCGGUGAGUAUCAAUUAGCAUAAAACUUAUGUUUAUGAAUUCCUCCCCACCACUUAUCAUUAUUAAAAUUUGAAAUUAUUAUAUGCUUACUGUAGUUUAAACGAAUAAUCAGUCAUCAAUAAAAUUUCAGCGCUUACCCAAUAACUGUAUUUCAAAGUCUCUUUGGUUGCCGAUUUAUAGCUAGGUUCUUUUUACGAUGCGUAGUUACUAACCUCACGUUCAACCGUCCUUGAUAGGGG